UGGAUUACUAAAACACGAAAAAUUGCUAUAAAAAAUGGUAAAAUCUGGUCAUAGUUUAGGUAGUCAUUGCCAUUAACAUUUUGAUUUAAGAAAGCUUUCAGAUGAGCAAAUAAUUUAUUAAAUUGAAACUUUCUAAAAAGCAAUUGAUGAGGUUUUCCAAAAACAAUAUUAAGCAUGCUUGAUAAGACCUCCUUUUGGCGGAUGUGAUAAAAGAGUUAAUUAAAUUGUUAAUAAAUAUGGAGUUGUUUGCUUAUGGAAUUUAAAUUCAAGUGAUUCUUCUGAAUGGGAAUAAGGUGAAUGGAUAUGCUAUAAAGAAGGAGUUUUUAGACUUUCAGAUAAUUAAAAGGAAAAUUUCCCUUUAAAAUAUGAAUAAAAAUGUUACAGGAUUUAUGAUUAAAUUAAGAAUAAAUGCGAAUAAAAUCCAAAUUAAGGUCAAUGUAUUUUAUUUCAUGACACUCACAACACUUCUGUUG